GGUUAGGCAUUUUUAGGGUUUUUUCCGAACCGGUUCGGUUCGGUUCGGUUAGGGUUUUCAGAGUCAAAACCGAAAACCAAACCGAACCGCACAAAAAACAGCAAAAUUAGUGUUUUUCAGUUUUUUUGGUUUUCGGUUAAUUCGGUUCUCGAUUUUUCGGUUCGGUCCGUCAGUUUAUUUCGGUCCGGAUCGGUUUUGAAUACCCCUACUAGCUAUAUAUAUAUAUAUAUAUGUGGUUAAUAUCCUCCCAUAACAUUAUAUGAUGGAAGUGUCAUAUGUGAUCACAUACAUGUGAAAGUAACUAUAAAUAUAUUUAUUCUUGUGCAGCCAAAAAUAACCAUAAAGAUGCAAUUGGAUUGUGACAGAUGCUGAACAAUGGAAAACAAAACUCUUUGUUUCAUUGUUUCCCUUGAAAAUGAAAAAAGAAAAAUAAAGGAGAUUCAUAUCAUCAGAAAAUAAACAAAUGCCCACAUUAUGAGAAAUCAACAAAAAUCACAUUAACCUAAAAAUUAGAUUUUUGAGUAUCAAUGAACAUGAACAUUUAACCAUAUUAAACAUCUGAUCAAAAAAUAAUUGUUACAGCUAAUUUUGACCAGUUUUAUAGGUGCAAGUCAUUAGCAAAGACUGGAGUCAGGCUAAUUCUAAACUAAUCAUUGGCCUUUGAAAUAGAAAAAUAAAAUACAAUAAAUUAAGAAAACGGCUUAAUGCACAUCACUAAGUCAGAGGUACAGUUUUUGGGUUAUACAAAUUCCAUUAACUUGUUAUCAAUUGUUCUAAUAAUAGAAAAGAUGAUAAAAUCUUUUGUAGUAAUAUACAAGUCACUUUCACUUGGUCUACCACGAAGACAAGAAAAGCCAAAAAUUCACAAAAUGCUUUAUCAUCUCUUCAUUUUAAAUAAAAUACAUAAACAUCAUAAUUCUCAAAAAAAUCCAAAUUAUUACAUAUGAUUCUAAAAAUCACUAACACAAAACAAAACAGUAAAUUGGUACCAAAUCAAGAAGAAAAUGAUUAAAGUGGACCAAUUUGAAUUACAACCUCACUAAUGAGUCAAUCACUAAAAAUAUCACUAAUGAGUCAAUCACUAAGAACAUAACGUCUCAUAUAACUCCAUGCUCAUCAAAAUAAUUAAGACAGGGCAUCUUCCUCAGUGUCAAUUGAACCUUUUAAUGUUAUUAUUUCAGUCUUAAGUAACGAAAUACCAUAUUCAUCCCUACCAAGUUCAAUCAUCAAGUCAUAACCUAACACCUAAAAUCAACCAUAGAAAGAGUGACAUAUAUAGAGAAUAGUUACUUGGGUAAACAUUAUAUUCAUAAAAGUUGUAAUUAAAGAGCUGCAACUUUCUAGCUUAGUUCAAUGAAGCUAAAUUUCCAAAUGUGUUCAUGUCAGUUUAUUUAUUUAUUUUUGAACUGCUGGCUGCAUUUUUCAAUUAACCAUAAUAUUAGCCAAUGGGUAACACACUUGAAAAAAUAGAAUGCCCCCUCCUUCCUUUUUCUCAAAGAAAAAAAAACCCACAUCUUUAGACACAUCAACCAGCCAAAAUUAUCAAAUGGAACUGCAAACCAUAAGUACAAGAUUACAAGAAACAACUACAACCAAACCUUUUUCUCACUAAACCUAUGGUUGAUAUAAUAUAUAACCAUAGUUUAAUAGUUUAAUAAUAUAUUAAUGUUAAUAGGUUUCUUGUUCCAAUAAUAGCUUAGCCUUUACUCCAUCUGCAAUAAUGUCUUGUUCCAAUCUCACUAUGUUGGUGUCCUCAAAACCUUCUCUUUCUGAUGCCUCCAACCUCUCCUUCCAUUCUGUUAUCAACCCUUUUCAGCUCCCUUCACAAAACUCACCCUCAUGCAGCCUCUCACGUUCUUCUGUCACCCAAGUACAGUGUGGUCUCAGAGAGCUCAGAAACCGCAUAGAAUCUGUCAAGAACACAUAGAAGAUCACAGAAGCAAUGAAGCUUGUUGCUGCCACUAAAGUCAGAAGGGCUCAAGAAGCUGUUGUUAAUGGAAGACCCUUCUCAGAGACUCUUGUUGAGGUCCUUUACAACAUCAACGAGCAGCUCCAAACUGAGGAAAUUGAUGUCCCACUCACAAAAGUUAGGCCAAUGAAGAAGGUAGCACUGGUUGUGUGCACUGGUGAUAGAGGUCUUUGUGGUGGUUUCAACAAUAACAUCAUCAAGAAAGCCGAAGAAAGAAUUGCUGAAUUGAAGGAUCUUGGUCUUGACUACACUAUCAUUAGUGUUGGCAAGAAGGGUAACUCUUACUUCCUCCGUAGGCCUUAUAUACCAGUUGAUCGGUUUUUAGAAGGAGGAUCACUCCCAAAUGCGAAAGAGACUCAGGCAAUUGCUGAUGAUGCCUUCUCGUUGUUUAUCAGUGAAGAGGUUGACAAAGUAGAACUCUUAUACACAAAGUUUGUGUCAUUGGUGAAAUCAGAACCUAUGAUUCACACCUUACUUCCACUGUCGCCAAGAAACAACUCCAACCAUAGGUUUCUUGUAAUCUCCAUAUUGGAACAAAAAUGCUAAGCUAUUAAACUAUGUUUGCUAUUACACUACUACUCCUUCUGCUCCACCAUCUGCUCCUUAUUGCUACUAUCCGGUUUAUUAUAAUUGUGAUCCAUCUCCCAAUGAUUUAUUUUUAUCAUGUUCUAUUUCUUUCUUUCAGUUACCAUAAUUUUAGACAGUGGUUGUGAUAUCCUUCAUUUUAAUAUAUCCCUAUCAUUGAUUAAUUAAGCAAAACAGAGCAUGCUGAAUUAUUUUGCCCUAGUCACAAGGAAGUGUGUCUCUUACACUACAUUAUUCCAUUACUUUAAAUUGGUAAAAUUCAAUCCAAUCGAAAACUUAUGUGAUUUCUAACUUAGUCAAUUUAACUCGGUCUUUCUAACAAACAGCAUAAUAAUUAGGUUUCUAUUUCAGAAGGGUUGCUCUAUGCACAACUUUAUGAAAACAGAGCUAUUUUCGGAAGGUUCAUACUUUGAAUAGAGGAGUAAACUUGGAACACAGAAACAUAAAAAUGGCAGAUAUUCUUGCUUACUAAAAGUAGAUUCUACUUAAUUUAGUCAACCACACAGUCCCACAGGAAGUACAUUAGUUUAAUCCAAAUUGAAAGUGCAAAACUGGAUUCCAAUAUGAAAUUGCACUAAGCACAAACGUAUCAAAACUCAGGGGUUCAGAAAUUGGGAAAAGAAAAUCAAAUCUGCUCACUAAAUUAGGAGAGAAAAUCGGAACAUACGAGGGAGAGGAUCGUUCCUCACAUGCUUUUGACACCAAAAGUUCACAUGGGACAGGGAUGAAAUUGAUGUUGAAAUUAAUUUAUGAACAGCCACUCAAAUUAAAUUGGGGGAGGGGACAAGAACGAACCUGAGAGAGGGGAGAGGGGGCGAUCGGCGCACAGCAGGGAAAGGGCAAGGGGGAAGGCUGCCGACGACGUCACGACGGAGGUGGAAGGAGACCCGCGAUUGGCGCUAUGCUCUGCUAGGGUUCGCGCC